AUGGGAGCGUGUUUCAGCAAUCGGAUCAAAACAGAUAUUGCUUCCAGUACAUGGCUAAGUUCGAGAUUCUUGAGUAGAGAUGGGAGCAAGGGAUCCUCGAGUACUUCUUUCUCUCAUGUGCCUCGAACAGAAGGCGAGAUCUUGCAAAAUGCUAAUCUCAAGAGCUUUACCCUCAGCGAACUCAAGUCUGCAACUAGGAGCUUCAGGCCUGAUAGUGUGGUUGGUGAAGGUGGCUUUGGUUGCGUUUUCAAAGGAUGGAUCGAUGAGACUUCCUUGGCUCCUUGUAAACCAGGGACUGGGAUUGUCAUUGCAGUGAAAAAACUUAACCAAGAAGGCCUUCAAGGUCAUCGUGAAUGGCUGGCUGAGAUCAACUAUUUAGGUCAGCUGAAUCAUCCCAACCUAGUGAAACUGAUUGGAUACUGCUUAGAAGAAGAGCAGAGGCUUCUUGUUUACGAGUUCAUGCCUCGUGGUAGUCUUGAGAAUCACUUAUUCAGACGAGGAACAUUCUAUCAGCCACUACCAUGGAACACACGGGUUCGAAUGGCUCUUGGUGCAGCUAGAGGACUCGCUUUUCUUCACAAUGCUCAACCCCAGGUUAUAUACCGAGACGUCAAAGCAUCCAACAUCUUGCUAGAUUCGAACUACAGGGCAAAACUUUCGGAUUUCGGCUUGGCUAGAGAUGGUCCAAUGGGUGACAAGAGCCAUGUCUCAACCAGAAUCAUGGGAACUCAAGGAUACGCUGCUCCAGAGUAUCUAUCUACCGGUCAUUUAUCGGCAAAGAGUGAUGUGUACAGUUUUGGGGUGGUGUUACUGGAGUUGUUAUCAGGAAGACGAGCAAUUGACAGGAACCAGCCGGUGGGAGAACACAAUCUAGUGGACUGGGCAAAACCUUACUUAGUAAACAAAAGAAGGCUUCUCCGAGUGAUGGAUCCUCGUCUCCAAGGUCAAUACUCGCUUACCCGAGCUUUAAAAAUUGCACUUCUUGCUCUCGAUUGCAUAUCCAUGGAUGCCAAGAUUAGACCGACCAUGAACGAUGUCGUCAAGACACUUGAAGAACUUCAUGUCCAGAAGGAAACACCAAAAGAGGAGGAGCAGAAUCUUCAACCUAGCAGUGAUAAUCUCAACAACAACAAGUCUCCGCAAGCUGUGAACUAUCCUAGGCCAUCAAUCAUGUAA